AAUUCAAAACCCUAGAGAGAGAAAGAGAUUACUAAUUAAUUUCUAUCUUAAUUUUCUGAUAUUUUAAGGUAUUCGAAUCAUGGGUUUGAGAUACAAAGCUGGUUUAGCAUUCAUACUUAUUGUUAUCAUCUUGUGGGUGACAUCUUCAGAAGUUACUCAGGAAAUAUUUAAAGAAUAUGAACAUCCAUUUGCUAUAGCAUAUCUAGGGACAUCACUUUUGGUGCUUUACAUUCCCAUAGCAUUCAUUACAAAUGGAUUAUGUAAAUUCUUUGGAUUCAAUUCCAAUAGAAGUAGUGAUCAAGAAGAAGAUGACAAAUCCAAUUCAUCCUCUGUUCUUGAUUCUCCUGUUAAAGCCAUUGAGAUUAUGCUGGAACCUAUUGUUUCCAAACCAACUGAAUAUCCAUCCGAACCCGAGUCUUUGGAGGAGGGCACGGUUGCCUUAGCAUCCGAACCUAUAGGUGGAUCAGGAUUAAUCAUCAUCGAAAAAACCCGAGAACUUACAACCAAGGAAAUUGCAAGAUUAGCCCUUCUUCUUGCCCCUCUUUGGUUCACAACAGAGUAUUUGAACAAUGCUGCAUUGGCGAGAACAAGUGUAGCGAGCACGACGGUAUUGACAGCAACUUCAGCCCUUUUCACGCUGUUUUUUAGUGCGAUUCUUAAACAAGAUACAGUUACUUUGGUGAAAGCGAUUUCCGUGUUUGUUAGCAUGGCUGGUGUCGCAUUGACCACGCUAGGAAAGACAUGGUCCAAAGAUAAAUCACAUUUGAGCAAAUUCGAGGGAAAAACAUCAGUUUCGGGAGAUCUUUUCGCGCUCAUGUCUGCCAUAACUUAUGCAUUGUUUACUGUGCUUCUUAAGAAGACUACUGGAGAGAAAGGAGAGAAAGUGGAUAUGCAAAAGCUAUAUGGUUACAUUGGAUUCAUCACUCUUUUUGCACUUUGGUGGCUAAUAUGGCCUCUUUCUGCAAUGGGUAUUGAAGUAAAGUUCAAGUUCCCUCACACAGCUAAAGUGGAAGGAUUGCUCUUUGCAAAUUGCUUUGUCAAUAGCUUUGUCUGCGAUUAUUUUUGGGCAUUGGGAGUGGUUUGGACGACUCCAUUAGUGGCUGCUUUAGGCGUGUCCUUAACCAUACCUCUGGCCAUGGUAGCCGACAUGGUGAUCCACGGCCAGCGGUAUUCGGCUGUUUAUAUAGUUGGAGCAACUCUUGUAUUUAUGGGGUUUGUGAUGGCUAGCUUCUCUGAUUGGUUAUGGCAAAAGCUGAAAUUAUAUCCAAGGCUUUGCUUCUAAUUAAUUAAUUAAUUAAAUGUUUUGUUAAGAAGGUGUAAUGAUCAUCACUUUCAAUUGACUCUUAAUUAACUGAUCAUAUAAAUAUAAAGAACUGGUUUUUGUAACCAGAAGGAGAUAAUUGCAAAUAUGUCAAGAUCAAUCAUUUAACUUAAAUGACUUGUCAUUUUUGCUUAUUUUCUUCAUCUCUUUCUUUCCCUUCACUUUUUUAUUUCUUGUA